GCAAAAUUAAUGCUGCGACUUGUGAGACGUUUGUGAAACUUCCAAGCGCUUGGUCGUCUCUUUGUCGUAACCAUAAUUCAUUUACAAUGUUAAUACGAAUCCUUUCUGUUUUAUUACUAACAAUAACAUCUUGUUAUUGUGUUAUAAACAUAGAAAAAUAUCUUAAGAUCUGCGAAAGAAAUUCAUUAGAAGUGAACGAGUGUUUGGUGGAUGCUGUGCAAGAUGCUUUGAAGGUUAUGAUAGACGGCAACAAGGAGUUGGGUGUGCCUCCGUUGGACCCCUUCCUUCAAAAAGAACUACGCGUUGAAUAUAACAACAAUCAGAUUAAAGCAAAAAUGGUUAUGAGUGACAUUUACGUUAUCGGACUUAGUACAUCUACCGUACGAGAUGUAAGGUUGAAAGCUGAUGAAGACAAAUUUCACCUGGAAAUAGACAUGUUCACACCUAAAGUAAUUAUAAAAGGUCAAUACGAGGGUGGAGGCAGUUAUAACUCCUUAAAACUACUUGCAACAGGAGAAUUCAAUAAUACAAUGACUGACUUAGUGUAUACGUGGAAAGUAGAUGGCGCUCCAGAAGUAAUCGACGGUGUAACCUAUAUACGUGUUUCAUCAUUUUACAUGCGACCCGAUGUUGGUACAAUGAAAACAACUCUUACCAACAAUAAUCCAGACAGUAAAGAGUUAACGGAGCUUGGAGUGCGAAUAACAAAUGAAAACUGGCGGUUGCUUUACAAAGAAAUGCUGCCAUUUGCACAAAGCAAUUGGAAUAAAAUUGGAACUCGAAUUUGCAACAAAAUAUUUUUAAAAGUACCCUACGAUGUUUUGUUUCCCAUUAAAUCUUAAGUUUUUUAUGAUUAUGUAGUGUGGUAUUGAUAAGUAAAUUUUUGGUUUUUA